AUGAGUGUUGUUAUGAAGGUUGAAGAUUCUGCUUCUGAUUCUGAAAUUGAGGGAGGCGACGAUGGCGGUGCCGCGGAGGCUGCUGUUGGCGUUCCUGCGAAGACACCGGGUACUGCUAGCGUUCCUAUGAAAGUGGGGGAGAUGGAGACGUACAUGCAGAACUACUAUGGGAUUCCUGUUGCUUUAAGACUUAAGGGUUCUACCGAUGUGAUAUGUCCUUACUGCAAUGAGAAACAUGAACAUGUUGAUCCUGGUCAUCAUGUUGCUGAAUGCGACGAGCGUGUGCGAUUAAACGUGGAACUUCUUAUCAGUGGUCGGUCUUUCAACCCUAAUUAUGGAUAUACUGUCAUCGAAUACGUGGAACGGGACGGAGUUAAUGUUGUCUUGGACGGGGAGUACUGCGUUAAUUAA